GCUUGGUUUUCUCUCCGUCCCGCCCAGGGAGCAGGUGUCUGCGUGUGUUUCCAUCCUGGAGAGGCUCCUGCAGGCCCUGGACCCGGUCUAUGUGAUCCAGAACCUCAGAGAAGAGCUUCAGAAAGGGCUUUUCCACCCCGAUGACUCCGUGAAGAUCCUCACCAUAUCUCAGGUUGGGAGGAUUGUUGAAAAUUCAGAUGCUGUUACAGAAAUUCUCAACAGUCCUGAACUAUUACGGCAAAUAAUAAAUUGCAUUGGUGGAGAGAAAAUAGCAGUGGCUAAAGAGGCCAUCAAAUCUCUCUCAAGAAUAGCACAGACGCAAGAUGGCUUAGAGGCUUUAUUUGUGAGCAGUUUGUUGAGUGACUUGAAAAAUGUCAUGGCAACAAAUGAUAUUGUUCGAUACAGAGUAUAUGAGUUAAUUGUUGAGAUUUCUUCGGUGUCAGCGGAUUCGCUAAAUUACUGUGCAAACAGUGGAUUAAUAUCAGAGUUAAUUGGAGAGCUAACUGGAGAUGAUGUGCUGGUCAGGGCUACAUGUAUAGAGAUGGUGACCUCACUGGCCCAUAGUUCACAUGGGCGUCAGUAUCUUGCUCAACAAGGAAUUACCGAUAAAAUUUCGAACAUCAUCCUUGGUGCAGAGUCUGAUCCUUUCUCAGGCUUCUAUUUACCAGGAUUUGUUAAAUUUUUUGGAAAUCUGGCUGUUGUAGACAGUCCACAGCAGAUCUGUGAACGAUACCCUGUCUUUAUGGAAAAAGUCUUUGAAAUGGCAGAAAGUCAUGAUCCGACCAUGAUAGGGGUGGCUGUGGACACGCUAGGAAUCCUGGGAUCAAAUGUGGAAGGCAAACAGGUUUUACAGAAAACUAGAAGUAGAUUUCAAAAUCUGUUAAACAGAAUAGGGCACCAGGCAAAGAAUGCCCCAACAGAGUUACGGCUUCGAUGCUUGGAUGCAAUUUCAUCUCUUCUUUACUUGCCUCCAGAGCAGCAGACAGAAGACCUUUUAAGAAUGACUGAAUCAUGGUUCACAUCCUUGUCUAGCCAGCCAUUGGAACUCUUCAGGAGCAUCAGUACUCAGCCAUUCCCUGAUCUCCACUGUGGGGCUUUACGGGUAUUUACUGCUAUUGCAAAUCAACCAUGGGCCCAGAAGCUGAUGCUUAACAGUCCAGGGUUUGUGGAGUACAUUGUAGACAGAUCUGUGGAGCCUGACAAACCUUCGAAGGAUGCCAAAUAUGAACUGGUUAAGGCCCUCGUAAACUCUAAAACAAUCGCGGAAAUCUUUGGAAAUCAGUAUUACUUGAGGCUUAGAGCUUACUUGCAUGAAGGCCCUUAUUAUGUUAAGGCAGUUUCUACUACAGCCGUGGAAGGAGCAGAAUAAUGUUAUUGCUGUCUUGGUUCCCCUUCUUGCAAGCCAUGUUACUGAAAUAGGUGUUAAGAUAUAAGGUGUAAAGACUCCCCACACUAGAGUCUCUUUAGAUUGUCUCUUUAAAGGAAUGUGAAGCACUUGAAUCUAUUUGAAAUGAGAGUCAUGAGAGCAAAUCAAAUCCUAUAGGGCACAGCAUAAUUUCCCAUAGAAUGUCAUGGCAGAAGUUCUCUGUGUACUGUUGUGAGGCAAGUAACCAAGGUAAGCACUCUAUCAACUGCUGCCUGUGUUUUAUUUUGCAGAAAUUAUCAGUGUUUAGUUAAACUGUUCUUGGGUUUGGAGUUACUAUCGUGUUUUCUCAGUAGAUCACAGUUCAAUUAAA